CCGAAGAAGAAGCUCUUCCGGGUGAAAAUGAUUCCUCUGCAUGUGCUUGUUUAUUUUUGCCAAAGACCUUUUUUUUUUUUUAAAUGUUUCAUAUCUCGUUGGUUGGAAAAGGCAUACCACAAAUUGAGCUGAUCAUUUCACUAAUUCGUUAUCAAACAACGUCGUGUCAUUGUUAUUGAGCUUUUCACUCUACCGUAAAAAACACUUGUUUUUUUAUUGUCUACAAAGCAUGGAGAUAGAAGAUCGGGAUUUUCUCAACACUCCUCCUUUAAAAACAGUCAGGUUUGGCGGCAGUGUUGUGGAAACUUUAUCUAAGUAUAAGCAGGGAGACUUGAAUGAUUAUGAACUGCUGAAGCAUCAACUGGCUGAUCCUGAGAUAAAGGAUGCUCAGAUCAUCACGUGGCUCCAAGAAUUCAGAAAUUGUGUGUCUCAGCUCACAAAAGACCACGAACAGCUCAUCUAUACGAUAUUGAGGCUUCCCUGGGUGGGUCGGAGCCAGGCCGUGGUGGAGGAGUACAUGGCCUUCCUCAGUAACCUGGUGUCUGCACAGACCGUCUACCUGUGUGCUUGUCUCAAAAUGGUGGUGUCCCAGUUCAUGCCCAGGCGAGUGACCAUCAGUGAAGGAGGAGUGGAUAUCUCUGAUUCAGAUGAUGAAGAUGAGAAUCUGCCCAGAAACUUCAACCAGUGCCACCAGGCCUUGCAGCUCAUCACUAGAUAUGUCCCAUCCACGAGUCACUUCCUGGUGCCCAUCCUGCAAGACCACUUCCCUUUUGUACAGAAGUCCUCCAGAACUCUGGAGUGUUACGUCCACAAUCUCCUGAGAGUGACGGUGUACAUACCCGCCAUUCGACGAGACGUACUGGAGGUCAUCGUUGGACAGAUGCUUAAACUGGAUGUGGGUGCAUCGCGCUCAGACAUUGAAGAGGCUGAAGAGAAUUUGUUCCAAAGGCACCAGUCAGACAGCGUGACUGAGGAGGCCCUCUUUGAAAUGGAUGAGGACCUACCAACAGGUGACCCCCUCAGUUUGGGGGUGAUGGCUCACCCAGUGGCUGAGAGGCUGGAUUCACUCAUGACAGUGCUGUUGGCCUACAUCAAAGACGUCUGCCACGUUAACGGUAGUGUCCAUGUAGACAGGACCAAGGAGCUGUACAGAGACUUCUUGAACGUGUUUGACAAGCUCAUUCUGCCCACACAUGCUUCCAGUCACAUCCAGUACACGCUCUUUUAUCUCUGCAGCUUCAAACUGGCCCUGGCAGAGGCCUUUUUGGAGCACCUGUGGAAAAUCCUGCAAAAUCCAUCGCAGCCUGCCGUCCUGCGCCAGGCCGCCGCCGGCUACAUGGGGAGCUUCCUGGCACGAGCCAAGUUCAUCCCAGUGCUCACGGUGCGAGCGUGUCUGGACCUGCUGAUCUCCUGGAUCCAUCGCUACAUCGACGGACAGGACAGCAGCGGUCGUCAGGCCUGCUGCGACGUCAACCUUCACGGAGCGUUCUACACCGCCUGCCAGGCUGUCUUUUACACACUCAUCUUCAGACACGGAGCCUUCCUGGCAGGCAACAUGAAGAAAGGCUUGGAGUAUCUCCAGGGUUUCAACCUGGAGAGGGUGGUCAUGUGUCAGCUAAACCCGCUCAAAGUGUGCCUCCCAGCCGUCACCAACAUGUUUGCAGCCAUCACCAGGAAGUACCAGCUGGUGUUCUGUUACACCAUCAUAGAGCGGAACAACCGCCACCUGCUGCCGGUGGUGCACAGCUCUGCAGGGGGAGACAGCGUGGGCACCAACACCAACCCCCUGGAUUGCUUCUUCCCAUAUGACCCCUACCUGCUCAAAAGGUCGGGUCACCUGAUUGAACCCCUCUAUCAGGUGUGGGUGGAGUCAACAGACUCUGAACUGGUUGCCACUAAAACAGACCGGCAGGGCUCCAAGGAGGACGAGUAUGACUUCCUGUGCGGCGAGACCCCCCAGGGUGACGGUGUGGUGGGAAUGACUCCCGGUUCGUUGGACUCAAACCCCUGCAACACCUGCAGUGUCGGUUCACCCCCCAUCUCCUUCCAAAGACAUAGUUAGUGCAGCGUGGUGUCAUGAAUGUACGUAUACCACAUGGCUGCACCAAGACCACACGGAUACUUGGCAUAUAUGUGCAUUUACAGUACACCGUGUGCCACACAUGACUUUUUAAACACACUAAAACAAAAGUCCUGGCAAUAAAAAGACCAGUCCCAGUUAGGUCCUUUUAAGUUGAAUAAGAAAAGAACCUUUCUACAUGAGUACAUUCAUGUCACUGUCAGACACCCAAUUAGUUGUCAAUCAUACAUAGACAACAAUGUCUCUUCUUAUGUACUACUUCCUCUACUACGGCCUCAUUGUUUAUCCUUUUUCUGCAAUGGAGCUGCUGUUUAUGAAAAAGAUUCAAAUACUGGCUUUUGGUUAGUAAACAUUUUACACCUCCAACUUUAAACCUGUGUGUUUUUCAUCAUCUGUUUUUGACAAAUCUGCCCCUUUUGCCAGUACAGUAGUAGUAGUAGUAGUAGUAGUAGUAGUAGUAGUACUGUGCUGUUGGCAGGGGUUACCCUCCAGGACCACCAGCUGAAAAAAAUAAUACGUCCAUAAAAAUAUCUAUUUUAGACACACCUUUGGUCCCAAAACAGUCCUGCUAGUCCUGAAACCCGUUUCAGAUUAACAUUUGUAAUAAAAGUGACUGUUAUGUUAGGUUAGAUUCUGAACCAGAACACUCCCCUCCUCUCUUCAAUUGCCAUUGUUCACAACAGGGUGUCCGUGGGGGUCUCAUUUGAAUUUAAGGCCUUAAAAUGUCUAAAAAAAAAUCUCACAACAUGCCUUAAACACAUCAGCAAACAAACUUUUGCAUCACAGCGCAAAAGUUUGCUUGCCAACGUAUUUAAGGCAGCUCAGUAACGAUGGUGCGUUCAAGGACCGCCCAACAAUUUUUGCGAAAUCUCAGCAUUUGAGGAGAAAGCAUUGUCAGUGAAGCAUAAACAUAACGUAAACAUGUCAAAAUGUAUGCUGCGCAUUUUUGUCAUCAUUGAAUCAUCACAUAUUGAUGAAUUACUCACUUAUGGUGGCUGUGGGAAAAGCAGCCUAUUUUUUAGAGAAAUAAAAGAAACAUUUUAUUUUCAAAUAUUUGAAAACAGAUUAAAGAUUUAAAAAAUCAGUUUUAUUUAAAAAUAUUUAAUUUAAAAUAUUUUUUCAUUGCAAAUCUGUGCAAGGCCGUGACUGCUGAAUCGUGAGUGUGUGCGGAUCCACUGUACCCCUAAAAGAACCAAAGACAGUAGGAACAACAAUCAGCAUAAUAAUAAUAGUAAUACUGGUAAAUAACCAAGUCCAGUCAUUGCUUUAUUAGAAAAGUGUAAGAGAAAGAAUGAGGCCACAGCAAAGAUGUGGUUUGAUCGUUGAUCGACAUGAUGGAUGAUGGCUACCUAAAGAUGAUGAGGACACAGCAGGAGCAGUGAGUUUUCUACUGAAGUAAUAUCCCUCCCAACAUGCAUCGAUUGACUGAAUGAAUAUUGCUCAUUGUGUUAGGUGACAACAUCCUUCACUUAUUACACAGAAACAACACGGAUGGAAAGAGGAAGACUGCUUUUUUUUUUUUAAACAUUUCUUACCAGCAGAUGGUGGUGAGUUAUUAACGUUUCAAACGGAUGGAGAUUGUCCUUUACAUGCAGUUGUGUGUGCGUGCGUGCGUGCGUGUGUGUGUUGAGGCCAUGCUUAGGGGUGGGUGAGAAUGUCCCGCCAUCACACCAUCUGAUGGCUGCCAUUCGCGAUUAUCACUGCACAUCCGUAACUCCAUGAUUAAAAUAACAGUUACAGAAAUAUUGUCAUAACAGUGCUGUAAAUCAAGGGACCGGAAGCCAACUCUUAAAUGUGUGACAAAGUGGCCUACACAGCUUUGUGCUUCAAGUGACAUCUAGGAAAUAUUCAGGAUGAUAGUCAUGUGACUAUCCCAGGCUCCGGCUUCCCCAAAAUGGCAGUGUAUCAGGUAUGAUAGCUCAUUUCCAAAAACUUUUUAUUGUACCACGACAACUGGUUUUAACUCCAAGUAACAAUUGAAAUGCUUUAAUGGGUUGUUAAAUAUUACAAUUAAACUCUUAGUAGAAAACAAGCUACUGAAUCUAGCAAGCUUUUAGCAUGAUCCGACAAUGACACGCCUGUCCCCAAAAGGCCGGUGUCAGGUAAGUGAGCUCAUUUCGAAAAGCUUUUUUUCAUACAUGUAACUAUUAUGAUGCUUUAAUAGGCCAUCAUAUAUCACCAUUCAACUCGACUUACUAUAUUUUUCUAUGAGUUCUGAGAAAACAAGUUGCAUUUGCUAGCGUUUCGCCUGAACCCACAGUGACCCGCAUGUCCCCAAAAUGGUGGUUUAUCAGAUAAGCUAGCUCAUUUCAAAAAGCCUUUUUUUUAUCCUAAAUGCUUGUUUUACAUUGAUUUAACAAUUACGAUGCUUUAAUAAGCCGUCAUAUAUCACAAUAGAACCCUUCUACUAUAUUUUUUCAGUGAGUUCAUAGAAAACAAGCAACAGAAGCUUGCCUGCUUUUAGCCUGAACCCAUAAGCCAUGGUGACACGGAUGUGCCCAAAAUGGCAGCGUAUCAGAUAAGCGAACUCAUUUAGCGUUCCAUGAAAGCUCAUUUUAAAUCCAUGUAAAAAUGGUAACGCGUCAAUAGGGUGUCAGAUAUAACAAUUCAAUUCCUCUUACGAUAUUUCUUCAAUAAAUUCAUAGAAAACUAUCGAGGAAAAUAUCACCGUGAUGUCAUUUACGUUAAGUGAAUAUAACGUUGGUUAUUUGGCUCAAUUACUGUGCUGCUAAGCACAAAAAGUGUCAAGUUGAGUUCAAAGUUAUACAUUUACCAUGAACACUAACAUAUGACAUAAAUUAUAGUAAUCCCUCGUUCGCGGCGGUUAAUCGGUUCCAGAACCGACGAUGUACAAUUCAAUAUUAAUAAACUGAAUAUAUUCGUCGUUAAGAACAUAGAAAAGCUGUUUAUGACUUCCUAAUUCUAUUUUUUACCAUUAUUAUGGCGCUCUAGACAAUAAAUAACGCCCAUGUAGUCACCUUUACACUCAUAUUGCUCAAUAUAGUAUAAUAAGUAAUAAGACUCAUGCUCGAGUGUUUCAAUAAAUGUCUUCUGGACGUGCGGACAGGAAGUGACAUUGGAGGUUUACAGUUCGGUUUUAGUUGCAGUACGGCCACAACAGUAGCCUGUGUUAUUACGAUGAUGACGACUAUUAUUAUUAUUAUGUUAUGACUGUGCCUGUUGUGAGAUAGUUAUAAAAAUAAUACAAACCUGUCGUUGUCGAUGAAGUAAUAGUGUGGUAAUAGUGGUAAUAGUGACACCUAGUGGCCAAUGUAGUCAGUUCAUCAACGUGUAGUAUUGCCUUAAACUGGACUUGUAUUGUUCAUUUGGAGCAUUUCUACUUGUAUGCUUGAAAAUGCUUACUUUAUGCCAAGAAUACGUAACAUUUGUUUAAAUAUGCAUUUUUUGACUAAUAAUAGGCCAAGAGACAAUUACGGAACAUCAAUCAUUAAUACAUUUUUGAAAAACUGAUGGAGCGAGGGACGAUUGUAACUAUUUUAGGGGGACAAAACCCAUGUGUUCCACUUGGUCUCUGGUAUAUCCUCCACCAUUUUACUUGAAAUGGCUCUCAGUUCUUGUGGGUUAAUAAUCAUUUUUAAAUAGAUACAAAAUGGUUUUCUUCCA